AUGCAGGGCAUUGUAUCCUCAUGUAAGGCCAACGCUCCCAACUUCCGGGUGGACCUCGAGCAUCUGUACAACUGCGCCAAUAUCCGAGACCUGGUGCACGAGUGCAUGUUCUCCAUCAGCCACGUGACGAAGCCUCAGGCGUUCAAGGUUUCCAAGGACCCUUCGGACGGUGUAGCCACGAUGCAAGUGCAGCAGCGGAGCUACAAGGAGGAGUGGGGCGUGAUCAACAGGCAAGGGGAGUAUGGCCCUGGAUACAUUACGGUCAUGAAGAGCUGGCCCGAUGUGCGUGACACGCCUUCCCACCCGCGGAAAUCCUUGCCGGAUGCGACCCUCCACCAGCACCGGCAUUGCAUCGAAUCAUGCAAUGCCCGGAUAAAGAAUGCAUGCAUGCACACAAGUUCUCUACCCGAUGGAAUGACGGCGGACGGACUCUACAACAGUAGGAUGGAGGAGUUGGCAGAGAGCGUAGUAGAGUUAAGCAGAUCUACGCCAGUACCAUUCGGCUGGGGCUCCGAAUGUGACAUGUACACUCUUGACAACCAGGAACCGGCCUCGGACUGCAACGGAUCGCAUUAGACGCCCAAUGGCGCGGCGGGCGCAACCAGCCCGGCGGGCGCGGGUUCGGUAUAGGGGCGGGGAACAGGCUCACGUGCGCGGAAGAGGGUAGAUGGGCCUGUUUUCCAUGUCGAGGUUGGGGAAUUCGUCGCGCUGCCGACACCCCCUGGGAUGGCGUCAGUCUUGGAAGGCAAGGUCGAGUCCGUGGAGAAAUGUGACGGGGGGGACGAGUUAGAGUUGCGAUGGUACAUGCCGGUUCAAGUCAAAAGUGACCUUUGCUCCGACUACGGUAAGGGAGCGUAGACGCCUGAGUUCAUUCUGGAAUCUGGGAAGAGGGUACCUUCCGUGGGAGGGGAGAACGUACGGUCUGUCUGCGCGAAGUUCGCGAGCCUUACCGCUCAGGGCAAGUUGCCAAGCCAUGUAUGAAAAUCCGUUUUUGAGAGUACGGUGCCGAUGGAAGAGCAAAGCGAGGGCACAGAUGAGGGUCAGGGAGGAAGAACGGAUGGUCAGAGAGGAAGUACGGAGGGUGUACGAAGU